AUGUCGAACGAUUUGGAAGACUUUGAUUCUUUACUGGAAACCAAUUUCGAUGCUAAACAAUUUGGAAAUGAUUUAUUGAAAGUUACCAAUAACAUCAACACUACUACUUUAGAUCUGAAUACAUCUUUAAAAAAGCUGAAAUACGAUCUUCACGAGAUAGAUUCUAGAAUAGACCAAUUGGUUAAUAACAAACCCUCGGAGAUAAUAGACUUGAUGUAUAGAAAUGAAAACGUUAAUUCCACUAUAGUCGAUGAACUGAAACCAAGCUUAGAAUAUUUGAACAUGUCAUAUGACAGGUUAAAAACCCAAGUUCUAGAUCCUUAUGAAAGAGCUAGGAAAGUCCAAUUGGCACUGAGUAAAGUUUAUCAAACAUCCUUUCUUCUUCGAGGUGCUUUGGUGUACAUUCAUUUAUCGAAUAAAAUAAGUACGACGUCCAAUGUAGCCCAAUUAAAUAUACCAACAGCUGUCAAUCUAGCUUCAUUGCACUAUCAAUUACAAAUAACUCUGAAUGAAAAUGAAAAUUUGAAAUCUUUACAGAAAGUCAAAUUGCUAGAUCAAAACAUUAUUACUCCCAACAAGAGAGAGCUGGUAACAUUCCUGUCCUUACAAGUGUCAAAAGAGUGUUUGAACUCUAUUAAGAUCAAAACAAAUAAAGAAACGAUAUCUCAGCUAGUCCGUUCAUUAUUUCUACUUUCACCUCAAGAAUUCGUGGCUACUAUAAAUAAAAUUAUUCUAUCCAACGUCACAACAAGCUCGCAAAUUCUAUCGAGAACUAUAAACUCUAUCAGAGGGUUUUCCGAAACAUUCAAAGAAGUUGUAGAGAAAAGCUAUAGUAUUUACAUCUUAGAGACGAUAUUGCGAAAUAUCAAAAUUGAUAAUACCACCACAGCCGCAAAACCUACAGCUACUAAUAAGUCGCACCUAGGCCAUCUUUUAUCAGAAUAUACUUUAAUGGGAAAUACCAAAUCAGGCUCUGGCACACCAAGAGAUCUGUUUUGGAAUAAGGUUGCAUCAUCUUUUAGAAAAGACUUUGAAAUCUCGGUCAACAGAGGUGGCCCUGUAGGUAAGUCACUGCUCAAAAAUAAAGAUUUCAUCAUUGAUACUAUAAAGCAGCAUAUGGGUAAAUCCUGCGAUAAUAGUGAUUAUCAAAGCUAUUUGAAUUUGAUGUUAAACUCGGUAUCUAUUAUCGCAAAAUGA